AAGGGUAGGAAGGCGUCCGCCAGUGCGCUCCCUCUCCGCCACGUGUCGUCGCGCGGUUCGCUCCCUCGCCCGAGCAGAGCAACAAGUGUGGAUUUUGAUGUGAGAGUUUUCAAAAUGUGUAAAAUGUGUAUUGACGUCCUGGAGAAGUGACGUUGAGAAGGAAUGACAUUUAGUGCGAGAAGAAUUGUGAGGGCAGAAAUGAGGUCCCAUAACGGUUGUCGUUUGCGAUAAUUGGCGCCGGCAGCGCCGAGGUGCCUAAAGAAGUGGGGCUGACAGCAGCAAGAAGUUGAUUACAUCCGGCGUCCCUGGUGGGAUGUGUUAGCGAGGGGCGUUGCGCAGCAGGGCUGUGUUGCAGCAGGACUUGCAUCAGGGGGCGAGCCCUGUUGUGGAAUGGCUUCCUAGGUGGGUUCGCGGGUGACGGUCUUGUGCGUCCUCGGGCUCGAAAUGCUGGCGAACAGGCAACGCAGCGUCUCCUCCAGCGGGAGCCUGAGUGAGGCCGAGGACCUGUUCUGCUGCGGCCUGGGCGUGAACGAGGUGGAGGAGGCGACGCUGGAGGGGCGGGCUGUGCUGGUGCUGGCGGGGAUGGUGGAGGAGGCCGUGGUCACGCCACUCGGCCUGCGGGCGAUGAAGGGCUUGGCGGCCUACCUGCGGGUGCUCAGCUCCUCCAUGCUGACGGCGGUGGUGGUGCAGGUCAUGAGCAAGAGGCCCCGCUGGCUCCCCCUCGAGUACCACUGGGCGCCGCUGGACCACGACCCGCUGCUGCUCCUGCUGGAACUACUGGGCAGCCGCCUCACCGUCCUCACGUACAGCUGCCACCCGCUGUCCCGGGAGCCGCUGAUCAACGCCAUCGCGGCCAUGCCCGCCCUCACCGUGCUCAGCCUCCCCGAGGCGGCGGACGACAACGCCCUGGCGGUGGUGGGGGCGGCGUGCCACAGCCUGGCGACGCUGUGCGUGCGGGGUUCCAGGGGCGUCACCGAUGACGGCAUGCGGCGCCUCCUGCUGCGGCGGCACGCUUACACGCGCUCACUGUGGAGGCGCCUGUUCUCACGCUGGCGCAGCCUCAGGAGCUCCCUCAGCCGGCAGCAGGCGCGGUACCGGCCGCUGGCGCCGGCCACGAUUGAGAACUCCUUGCUGGUGCCAGCCGACGCCGAGCACCUGAACCCCUUGAGCAGCACCUUGGUGCACAUGGACCUGGGCGGCACCAAGGUCAGCACCGGGGGGGUGGAGUGGGCCAAGAGCAUCCUCUCUCCCAACGCGUACGUCUUCGCCACACACUCGCUGCGUCGCUCGCUGCGCUCCCAGACCUCGCUGGAGGACCAGAUGUCCCGGCUCUUGGCUCCCCUCACCCCCUAGUCCGGCGCCCGGCCUCACGACUGCCCCCUCUUGCCCUUUCCCCUUCGCCGCUGCCCUCCCUGCGGCCUAGCAGUCUGUCACGGCAAGGAUAUCAGCUGAGACCCCCUCUCAAGGACCUCACAAUCAUAGUAGACGCACACCUCGGUUUGACUUACCAAGCGUGCUAAUCAUUUCAUCUCCAGAGCUCGUGGAUCGACGCUCAAAGGACGGCAAUACUCAGACUAACGGUCUUGUUAAACUAAUCACAUGUCUAUGGAAAUAAUUAAUGUUAAUAUAAGUAUGUAUAUAUCACACCAGAUAGAUGUGUAUUUUUGUAUGGUUUUGACUUCGAAAAAGAAAUAGAAAGGAAGAAAACGUUUAUUAUAGAGAGUAAAUAUUAUGAAUAUGGCUGUGCCUUCCGGAGUCUGUGUACGUAUCUAUAUAUUUUGUAUAUGUUAGAACCCUGCAACUCCCAAACGCGCUUAAAUGUAGCGAAAAAAAAAAA